GUAUACUGUUGCUGGCUUCGAUGAAUGAUGCCGGAAGGCGAGGUGUGCUUGAGAGUGCGCUGCUCCCUCUGCACGGGAGAUAUUUCCCAGCGUUUUGGCGGGCUCGCAAUUGAAAUUGUCGGCAUCAUAAAAGUACGGGGACAAAUCUUUUCGUCCGAUCCUCUUUUUACACCAAAAAUAGACAUUUUCCAGGACAAUUCUCAAUGCUGCAUAUAAUAUGAUAACACCUCAAAUUGUUUCAUAAGCUAUGGAAUGACUAUCCAUUCCCACCUCUACAUGUACAAGUACAAGGGACCAAAACUGUCUUCAUUGUUCAUCAUUGCAUUGACCAAUAUAAAAGUGACCUCAAUUUUUGUAUGGGGCUCCAUACAAAAAAGUACAUGGCAACUGAUACCAGAUACUUAAACAACCUUUGCUCCAUCACUUUAUAAUAUCUAAGGGUUCUGUAAUGUUUUUCAUGUUAUCUAUGGGCUUGUUAAUGCAUGGAUAAAUUUCCACUGAUUCUGAUAAAAAUUGUGCAAGGAGAGAGAGGGUGGUGAAGAUGGGGGCUUUUGGUGUAAAAAGGGCAUCGGACGAAAAGAUUUGUCCUAGUACUGUACACUACUAUGUUUUACCAACGUCUGUCGUUGAAUUGUGUUUGUACCACCGCGUGUAACACUAUUGAUGUAUCAUACCCUUUCGAUUCUAUCGAUUGGUCCAUGCCGCCGGUUCUCACCAAGCUAGUCGAGGAGUAAUGUAAUAAGAAACCGACUGCUGUCAUCAUACGAUAGAAAAGAACAGGUUUUUUUUAUAUAUUAGACACCGGUAGGGUUGCCGGUUGGGAGUGGUGAUGUUGUCCUCUAGGGUAUGAUAGUUGUCAAUAAUCAUGGCUGAUCACUCGUAUUUGUAAUGCAAAUGGCCAGGUUUCAGGAAAAUUGUGAAAACCUGCUGGAGUUUAUUUCGGGCGCUGGGGAGUGGUGGUGGGAAACUUUUUCCGGUUCUGUUUGCCUACGUUUGGCCCUAAAAAUAAAUAAAAAAGUGGCGGGAAUAUACGGGGUGGAAUUCUGGAUGGUCGUGUGAUACCUCUCACUCGGUUCGAUUAUUCUAUUUUCAUGGUAUCAUAGUCUCCUUCUCGCAGUUGCCGGGGACUUGGGUAUAACUCUGGUUAUAUAUAUACAGGGAGUGAGAUAUUCAUAUCAUACUUGGUAUUUAUUCUCUGGCUAUCCAUUGAAUGGUUUGGUCUCACUUCUAACCCUAACAUACUCGUACGGGUCAUGGACCACCUUCCACUUGCCCAUUUUCGAUGAUGUGACGUGAACAACAAAAUCCGCCCCCCAUCACUUCCUCGAAAACGGCUUAAAUAUACGCACGGUUAAGGGAAGAAAGAGAGAGCAUUCUUCCUUCCCCGACUUUUAAACGAUAGCAUCGGAGCACAGGCCAUCACUCGACUGGAUAACGACAAUUAUACGUGAUCACGUGAGCGCUGACUAACAACUAGCUUCGUCAGCCCAGCCCUAUAGGUAACUUGGCUAGAACCCCUCCACCCCUCAUCGCCUUGAUAAUAAUAAGAAUCUCAGGAAUCCGGCCAGACGAUCCCCUCAGCGAAACCACAACCGGGUAACGCAUAAUUCCGGGUCACUUUACUCUCAAGUUUCCCACCCCCCCAUCUCCAAGGCUGGAGUACGCAACUGCGAGGAUGGCCGCGAGGGAUCGAUUCGGCGCUUUCCCACAGGAACCGAACGGUUCCAAGCUCCAGCGGUUUAUACGUAUGUCACUUCCUAGAGCGCCGCACCCCCGGGGAUGCCUACCGGAUGGAGGAUUGGGUUUUUCGCUGACGGUUUCUGAGCUUUCUAGAGAGUGCUUGCGAUCCGGUAAAUUAUGAGCCUAAUCUUGCGUUGAAUUUGGAGAUUGCGGACGAGAUCAAUAAGAGAAAGGGGAAUGCGUGGGUUACUCCCUUUGAGAAGGGGGGGGGGGGUGGAUGGAUUGUCGGAACUGACUGUCUUAUCGUUCGUUUAGGCCCCGGGAAGCGGCUGUUGCGAUCGUGAACUAUAUCAAUCAUCGGAAUGGUAAUGUUUCACUUUUGGCUCUUAAUGUAGGGAAGCUUUCGGACCCCGGUUUUUGUUGGGAGGGAAGCUGAUGUGGUAUAGCUCCUCGAUAUAUGUGUCAAGAAUUGCGGUUACCCUUUUCACUUGCAAAUUUCCACCAAGGACUUCCUGAAUGAGCUCGUUCGUCGCUUUCCCGAAAGACCGCCUGCGAGACCGAGCAGGGUCCACCUAAAGAUUCUCGAGGCGAUUGAGGAAUGGAGGGGAACGAUAUGCCAGACAAGCCGCUAUAAAGACGACUUGGGCUUCAUUAGGGAUAUGCACAGGUUGUUAAGCUACAAGGGAUAUGUGUUUCCGGAGGUUAGAAGAGAGGAUGCAGCGGUUCUGAACCCCAGCGAAGUAGGUCACACGUCCUCUACUCUGCGGCUCUACGGGAUAUCGCGUUGUGAAAUCAUUGGCCAUGGAGGGUUGGAAUCGCUGACGAGUGUUUGGUUUUAGAUACUGAAAUCCGCCGAAGAAAUGGAGGAAGAGGAGAGAGCUGCCCAGUCCGCAAAGCUCCAGGAAUUGAUUCGAAGAGGCACACCGGCGGACUUGCAGGAAGCCAACCAUUUGAUGAAAAUUAUGGCUGGGUACGAUCAAACCUCGAGGACCGAUUACCGGGCAAAGGCCGCGGAAGAGAUUGGGAAGCUCCGUGAGAAGGCAAGGUUAUUAGAGGAGAUGCUUGGGAAGGUUCACAAGGGGGAAACGAUCGGUCAGCAGGAUACUUUUGAGGCAUGUCCUUUGUUUGGCACGAAUACGUUGCUUUGUUGGCGGGGUGCUAACCAGGCACGAGUUUUAGGAAUUAGCAAGUGCCUUAAAAACUGCUCAACCAAAAAUCCAGAAAAUAAUAGAGGAGGAAAGCGAAGAUCCAGAUGCCGUUGUGAAACUAUUGGAGCUUAAUGAUGUUAUCAAUACCACGGUUGAGAGAUAUAACUUUGUCAAGCGGGGUGACUUGGAUUCCGCAAAAGCACUACCACUCAUGGCCGGCGCGCCCCCGUCAGCAGCUCCACCUCCUCCCGCCGCGGAGCUUUCGCUUAUAGAUUUAGAGGAUGGUGCGAAUGGUGGUCCAUCAGCACCGGCAAGCGGAAAGCCGGCCUCAUUAGAAGAUGACUUGUUGGGGCUAUCGUUUCAAGAUAGUGGAAGCAGCUCGUUUGGACAGGGCGGUGGGAUUGCGCUUGGGUUUGGGGCCAAUACAGGUGAGCAGUGAUGUCUUGAUUGCUUCCACAGUGCUAAAAUGCGUGAAACGUUAGGUAUCCCUGGCCCGCCUUUAUUAUCCUCAACACUUGAAGCGAACACCGCCGGUCAACAACAGCGUAUCACACCCUCAACUUCGCCCGCACCUCAGGGUUCACGGCAGUCCCCAGCCUUGCCCAAUUAUUUCCAAAAUGCAGCAACCCCUUCAGCCCAGCCGAUGGCGCCAGGUGGCUUCGUUCCACCAUCAAUACAACAGGCGCCGGUCCCUCCUGCCCAGCAAAAAAAUGGCGGGGAUGCCGGCAAUGAUGAUGACGAUUGGGCAUUCACCUCCUCGCUGCCGCCGGAGCCUGCGCCCCCGCCGGUCUCGCAAAAUGAGCUCGUGAUCCUCAAUUCGAACCUGCAUAUUCUGUUGGAUAUACAUAGGCCCGUCACUAUGCCUGACGGCCCGAUAUUGGUGAAGGCCAAGUUUUCCAACAGCGCAAGUCAGCCCAUCCAGGACCUGACAUUUCAGAUGGCAGUCACAAGGGUAUGUUACGCUCUUAUCAGUCCGCCCCUAUCCGGCCCGGGAGUGUGGUCUUGGCUUUUCGGAGAAGGGAAUUGAGGGCAGAUGGAAGGGGAAAAAGUGAAAGACUAAAAUUACUGACAUUACAAAUUCUUGUAGACAAUGGCUCUCAGGAUGGAACCACAAAGCAGUAGACAUCUCGAGGCUCAUCAGAGAGCAGGGGUAACACAGAUUAUCCGAGUGUCAGGAGUCCCGAGAGGUGGCGGUGGGAAUGUCAAGUUGCGGUGGAAGGUAUCUUACAGGGUCGGGACAGGGCCAUUGAACGAAGAGCAAGGAGUUAUCGAAGGUUUACCGGUUGCAUAAAUUCACUUUUUCAUCCUAUCUUUGUCAUUUCCACUUGAAAAAAGAAAGAGCGAAUGCAUUUUUUUACU